ACUGACACCUACUGUCCACCAGCUGUUGCACACACAAGUUACAAAACAGUACGUUUGCAGCCAUUUACAGGCUCACGUGUACUGCUGCUUCGUUAUGCAAACGCUGGAGUUCCUGCUAGUAAACUGCAACGCUAAACGCUCAACAUCUCAGAGGGAGAAAUGAAGGGCAGACGGACAAAGUCAGAUGCAUCCGAAUCAAAGGGGAAAGUGAAGAAAAGAAUCGGGGAGACCUCUGCUCCGACUCAAUCCAAAAGACUGCGUGAGAAAAAAGAUGGAGAGACAUCUGAACAAGCAGCAGGGCCUCCGCUCAAGUCUGCAGGGGUCCAGAAGAGUGGGUGUGGAAGCAUCCUGCACUACAUUUACAAGAGCACUCUGGGGCAAAGUCUUCACUCACAGAUGAGACAGUGUCUUCAGGAACCUUUUAUCCGCUCACUGUCGUCGUACCAUUUCCACAGUGCUACCAGCCCCUUCGACCGCAGGAUCACCUGUCUGGAGUGGCAUCCCACUCAUCCCACCACUCUGGCUGUGGGGUCAAAAGGUGGUGACUUAUAUCUGUGGGACUUCAAGGUGCCUGCAAAGAAAACUUUUAUUCAAGGGAGCGGAGCGGGAGAUUUUAUCGGAGGGAUGAAGUUUUGCCCAAUGGACUUUUCCAAAGUCUACGUGGCUUCUGGUGAGGGCUCAUUGACCAUGCAGAGCUUUGAGGGCCACACACCCACCGUUCUGUCCAGAACUCAAGACUGUGGCCACGAUCACCACAACGUUUGUUAUUGGUACUGCUGCGUAGAUGUGUCAGUAAACCGACAGAUGCUUGUGACAGGAGACAAUGUGGGACAGCUCUCACUCUUGGGAUUGGAUGGCCAAAAGAUUUUCAGUGACAAGUUGCACAAAGCCAAAGUGACCCAUGCAGAGUUCAACCCCCGUUGUGAUUGGUUGUUGGCAACAGCCUCAGUUGACCACACGGUGAAGCUUUGGGACCUGAGAAACAUCAAAGACAAAAAGAGCUUCCUCCAUGACAUGCCGCACGAGAGAGCUGUCAACUCUGCCUUUUUCAACCCAUUGGACUGCUCCAAGUUACUCACCACAGAUCAGUAUGACCAGAUCCGGGUCUACUCGUCCUCUGAUUGGUCAAAGCCUCAACAUAUAAUCCAACAUCCACACAGACAGUUUCAGCAUCUCACACCCAUCAAGGCCACAUGGCACCCUGUCUAUGACCUAAUUGUGGUGGGCCGCUACCCCGAUGACCGAGUUUGCCCCGGAGACCAGAGGACCAUCGACAUCUUUGAUUCCAACACAGCAGAGCUUGUGUAUCAGCUGCAAGACCCCACAGCUUCAGGGAUCAAAUCUAUCAACAAGUUCAACCCAUUGGGUGACGUGAUUGGAUCUGGAAUGGGCGUAACGGUGCUGAUCUGGGACAGGAACGAGUCAAUGAUCAGUGAUCGUUACAAAGAACAGGAGGAAACCUCGACCAUUGUGGACCGCUUAAGAGGCCAGAGGAGGAGACAGCAGCCCUCCAGCAGGGACAGGAAAGGGCCUACUGCGGAUACAAAGCUCAAAAAGAAACUGGCUUCUCUGGAACAAUCAGAGACCAAAACUAAGACCAAGAGUGGGUGUACCAAACAAAAACAAGGCCAGAUGAAGAUGAAGUAAUUGAAUAGUAGAAUAAUAGUGAAAAUCCAUGUGUAUAUAUUUCUUUGUUAACUGUCUGUUCAGGUAUUAUAUGAAUGUUUAAAAAUGGUUUCAGGUAUUCUUUUAUAAACCAGUUUAAAACUGGACCUCUUGUAUGUUCUCACAAUGUUUUUCUACUGAACUAUAAUAAAAUGAUCAUAUUUGA